AUGGGCACCUGUCUUGCUACUACUAAAAUUAUCAGUGUCUCCUGUUUGGGUCUUCUCACAGGCUUUUUGGGGCAGCAAGCCUUCAGUGGUUUGCCUCUUUUGAUCCAAUUUUCGAAAUCAUCUAGUUUGGACGAGAUCAGAGAAUCCGCUAAAAAAAUCAUAAAAAAGACUCGUUCCCUAGUGUUAUGUCUUGGCUCUGCUGCUACUGCCUUACUUUCUUUGGCAUUUAUCAAAGCUCCUCCAAGAGCACGUCAUCCUUACUUGAUUUAUUCUGCCUUGGGUGCUCCAAUUGCCAUGACCGCUUUGUUUUUCAAAACCUACAAUGUUGAAGUAAAAUUAUUGGACUCAGACUCUGAUUUACAGGUUGAAGCUUCUGCAUCAUUGAAGUCUAAAAAAACCGAAAAGGAAGAACCUUCUCACCUUGACAAUUCUGUUUACCAGAACCUUGGGGCUGACUCUGAAGAUGACAAAAGUAUCAAACAAGACGAGGAUGAUAUUGAAUCAGCUGUGAAUAACUCCAUAUUGAAAACCAAUACCAUUGCAGGUUUGGAAAAACUUAAAUCUGGUUACGCUACUGCUACUUAUAUAGUCGGUGCUGCGUUUGGUGUUUCCAUCAUCGGCAUCUAUGGAGAUUUUGCAUGA